UUAAACAGACGAAGAGCAGCUAAUUUACCAUCCAAGAAUGAUAAAGAUCGACCUACUUCUACUAGAGCUGCUGGUCAUGGUGGUAGUAGUAAUACGAUGAUGAGACUUUAUACUCAAGAUGAUAACGUUGGUUUGAAAGUUGAACCUGUGGUGGUUUUAGGUCUUUCAGUCGCUUUUGUUGCUUCGGUUGUUUGUCUUCAUCUAGCUAAUAAAUUAAUGAGAUGGUUUAUGAAAUAA